UAGUGCAAAAAUACAAGAAUUAGAAACUAAAAAAAGAAAACCAAUAGAAGAGAUCAAUGAAACCAGGAGCUGGUUUUUUGAAAAAAUCAACAAAAUUGAGCUCUCCACCCAACGGCCACCCUGCCACCAUCAUGGACACAAGCUGUGUGCAGCCCUUCAAGCUGGCCAGGGUCACCAAGGUGCUGGGCAGGACCGGUUCUCAGGGUCAGUGCACACAGGUGUGUGUGGAGUUCAUGGACUACAUGAGCUACUCUAUCUUCUGCAAUUUGAAAGGCCCCAAGCAUGAGGGCAACAUUCUCACCCUUUUGGAGUCACAGCAAGAAGCUCGGAGGUUGUGCUGAACUUGUGGCUAGGUCCUUGAUGUGUGGAUCAACCAUUCAGCUCACAGGGAUGAUCUGUAAUUGUUAAUAAAGUAUUUAUACUGUAUGUUUAAA